UCCCAGCGCUCGUCGGAAACAGCGGCCGCCCAGAAAGCCCCACCAACCCCCCGCGGCGCAAAACCCUAGCAGACCCAGUGAUCUGCUGAUGGUGAUGGAGCAACAAAUCCGCGGCGCCAGUGGCACUGGCAGCGAGGUACCGGUGGUCAAUAAGCCAGAGGACGCGGUGCCGGUGGUGCUGCCGCUCGGCCCGAUCGACCGGGAGGAGGCCCUGUUGCCUGCGACACAGGAAGCCGUGGCGCAUCAGGUAGUAAAAGAAGUUGAUGAUAGUGGCACCAACAACUAUGGAACCAGCAAAAACACAAAAGACAACAACACGAUCCACAAAAGAAAAUUUGAAGCCUUGGAGACUAAUGUUGCUACCAAUACCAACACAGAACAUGGGGAUGGUCAGAGCCCCACAGAAGACAUACAAGCUAGUGUCCAGAUGGAUAAGAACAGAACAGAGAACAACUCUAAAAGUAGAAACAUUCCCCAAGAUAUCAUUGUGAUACCAGAUGUUGAUCCUGUAAUUAACGAUCAAGCCUUGAAAAGCCAAAAGGGGAAAGUCACUGAAAAGUCUGAUGGCAUCACAUGUAACAUGUAUUUUCAGAGGUAUGCAACACUGCGAUUACUUCAGAAGAUGCGAGAUGAUACACUCCACGAGCAUCAUGUUCUUGGAGAUCGAAAUGCUGAGUACGAAAUGGACAUCCAAACUCUCUUAACAGAAACAGAGAUGACACCAAAAUUAACGUCAAUCCUAAAGAAACAUGAGAAUAUUUGGAAGACGAUGGAAGCUGCCAAUCCAAUCAGCUCUGGAGAAGGAUGCCAAACUAUGAACAUAAAGAGGAAGAAGUUGAAAGAAGCCUUACUUCUACGGAACAAUUGCCAGGCAAGAAACAUCACCUAUUGUAAAUUGUUAUGA